AUUUUAACAAAAAGCAAACCCCAGCAUAAAACAAACCACCCUGCUUGAAUUAUUCUUCUUAUUCUUUCUUCUGUUUUUCCCAAUUUGAAAGAAUAUUCCGUUACCAAUAACCGUAACUUUUAGAGAGAACAAAAACGCAACCAGCCAUCGAAAAACAUCGGCUUGCUUAUAUUCGGUUAUUUUCUCAUCAACAGUUACAUCACUAUAAAGGAAAAACUCAUUUCUCUUCUCACCUUCGCCAUCAUUUCGACAAAAAUGGAAAACCAGCCGACGAUCAUGGUGACCAACGAUGACGGUAUCGACGCACCAGGACUGCGAGCGCUGGUUCAGGUCUUGGUCUCUACCCGGCGAUUCCAGGUCCUUGUUUGCGCUCCGGACUCGGAGAAAUCAGCUAUGAGCCAUAGUAUUACAUGGCGUGAUCCAAUUGCUGCUCGACGAGUGGAAAUUGAAGGAGCUACUGCCUAUGCAAUUGCUGGAACUCCAGCUGAUUGUACUUCUUUAGGAAUCUCCAAAUCACUCUUUCCUUUAAUUCCUGACCUGGUAAUUAGCGGCAUAAACAUGGGGAGCAACUGUGGUUAUCACAUUGUUUACUCAGGAACAGUCGCUGGUGCUCGAGAGGCCUUCUUUAAUGGCAUACCUGCAAUCUCUGUAUCAUAUAAUUGGUUUGGAGGUCAGAGCAAAGUUGAGAACUUCACUCUUUCUGCUGAGGCUUGCAUACCAAUAAUAACUGCAGUACUCGUUGAGAUCAAGAAUAAAACUUAUCCUUUAAGGUGUUUUUUGAAUAUUGAUCUUCCAACAGAUGUUGCUAAUAAUAAGGGGUAUAAGCUGACCAAGCAGGGUAAAAGCAUAUAUAAAAUGGGGUGGAGCCAAGUUACUUCUGACAUGCAAGGAGGGAAAAUGUUAUCAACAAUGACAAUGGAUACGGAUUCAACUGCACCAAUAGAGACUGGUGCAUUAAAUUUAUCACAAGACCAUCUUUUGUUCAAGAGAGAAGUAUUAGGAGGGAAACUUGAUGAAGGUGACAUCGAUGAUGCGGACUUCAAAUUUCUUCAGCAAGGAUAUAUUACUGUAACUCCCCUUGGUGCCCUCUCCCAUGCAGAGAUAGGCUGCCAGUCAUACUUUAAAGAUUGGCUGCCAAGUGUUGGAGAACACCCGUCUGCGUCAUCCUUGUAAUCCUUGGAAUCCCUGCCCAGUGAGAACAGCACAACACAAGCCUUGUAAGCAAGGAUGGCAAAACAAUGAUAUCAGAAAUUUACUCCCUAAUGUCAUUCCUAAAAUACGAAUUGUUUUGGAAGUUUGGAACUUACUUGUACACCCACACCCCCCCCCCCCCUCCCCCCGGCGCCUGACAUUGAGUAUCCUCUGUUAACUGACAGGAAAAAUACCUACUUUUUAUUUAGCAAUAGGUUUAUUGGUUUUCUUGAAGGGCUAAAUUGCAUCUUGCCCCUAUAACCAUUUAUCAUCUUUACUAAUUAGGAAUCUUGAAUAAUUAGUGAGUUAUGUGUUAUGGUAACGGAUCCUUUUUAUUAUUCCCCCCUAAUAAUCUUUUUCUCUCUGCUAUAA